UUUUAAUAUCGCGCCCUAUUUGCGCUGAAGGACGUUGCCUGACCUUAAAACAAUCGCUUUAUCCAUAAACAUGGACAGAUUGUGCAUCUGUUGACAAAAAGUCUACUUGACUUCGAUUAUCACAUAAGCUGCUGAAAAAAGAGAACAAGAUUGUUAGUAAGUGGAUAUUCUUAAUGUGGACGAGAACCGAAGGUCUCAACGAUGGACUGUAAAAUCCAAGUCUAUAUGUUUGUCAAAGAAACUAGCUCAAACUAAGAGAUUUUUUACUAGUGUAACUAACCAAGUAUACUUAAAAUUCGUUCAAUAAAUUAUUUGUCUUCCUGAUAUACAUAGGUGCGUUAGUCUUAAUUAUUGACUCUACUCUUUAUUCGAUUCUUUGUCCGACUGAUAAUUCACCUCUGUAUUCCCUCGCAUUAGCAUUUCUACCCGAGUUCGCUUGGUGUGCUUGUAGCUUUGUGAUCAAUAAUAAACCAUAGUCGGUGCAUCAUGUCGCCUUCUGGGAUUCAAAGACCGUUGGAAUUUAUGUACGAAGCUUAAAAAAAUUAUAUGGAAGAUGAUCCAUCACAAGUUAGCCUGAUAUUGAGAAAGUCUGUUCCAAUGUCAGACACUCCUGGUGUUAUUCCUAACAUGCCUAUGGUUUCACAUCAGUCAUCUACUAGUGCAAAGUCUAAUACAACUAAACGAAAAGAGAUAUAUAGAUAUAAUGCUCCUUGGUGUAUUUUCAGCAUGAACUGGUCUGUCAGACCAGAUAAACGCUUUCGUUUAGCUGUGGGCAGUUUCAUUGAAGAGUACAAUAAUAAAGUUCAAAUUAUAUAUCUAGAUGAUGAACAAGGAGAGUUCGUUGUACAAAGUACGUUUGCACAUCACUAUCCAACUUCAAAAAUCAUGUGGAUUCCUGACACAAAGUGUAUUUUCCCUGAUUUACUUGCAACAAGUGGUGAUUACCUUCGUGUUUGGAGAAUAAAUGAAGAUUCUGAAGUUAAAAAUGAAUGCUUAUUGAAUAAUAAUAAAAAUUCGGAUUAUUGUGCCCCACUUACUUCUUUUGAUUGGAAUGAAGUAGAUCCAAAUAUUAUCGGAACUUCUAGUAUCGACACUACAUGCACUAUCUGGGCCCUUGAAACGGAGCAGGUGAUCGGCCAUGCAAAUGUCGUAAGUGGUCGCGUAGAAUCUCAGUUAAUAGCCCAUGACAAAGAAGUAUACGACAUAGCUUUCAGUCGUGCUGGAGGCGGAAGAGAUGUUUUCGCUAGUGUUGGCGCAGAUGGUUCUGUACGUAUGUUUGAUCUUCGGCAUUUGGAGCAUUCUAAUAUUGUAUAUGAGGAUUCAAAUCAUUCCCCACUUUUACGCUUAGCUUGGAAUAAGCAAGAUGCAAAUUAUCUAGCGACAUUUGCAAUGGACUCCGUAGAAAUAAUUAUUUUAGAUUUACGCGUACCAUGCACUCCUGUAGCUCGUUUAAACAAUCACAGAGCAUUUGUAAACGGAUUAGCAUGGGCACCACAUUCAAGUUGUCAUUUAUGUACUGCAUCUGAAGAUUGUCAAGCUCUUAUCUGGGAUAUUCAAUCAAUGCCAAGAGCAAUAGAAGAUCCUAUUCUAGCAUAUACAGCUGCCGGUGAAAUUAAUCAAAUCCAAUGGUCGUCAACACAACCAGACUGGAUAGCUAUUUGUUAUAAUAAUUCGUUAGAAAUUUUACGAGUAUAAUGUUUACUGUUUAUUUCUUAUUUUAUCAACUGAUUUAAAGGUAUCCUAUAAUUAUGAUCAAAUGUUGUUUCUUCCUUUAUACUUACUAAUUAUCGUAUGUUAUUUUCAUGCGUUUCAUUAUUAUUCUUUUAUAAAUAUUCUGGAUAAUUUAACUGAGUACUAUUAUCGAGAUACAUGUGUUGAUUCUAGUAAAAGUAAGUCUUCACUACAUAUGAAUAAAUUUCAAAUGUUUUGUAUAUUUACUUAAGAAUAUCUGUGUUUGUCUAAUUAAUGUAUAAAAUUUCUUAUAAAUCACCAUUAUAAAACAGAAAGUCCUUCAAAAGUGGUUGUAUUCAGCAGGAUCUGUGAGACAGAAACAAAUCGACAAACUUUUUGAUGUUACCGUUUUACAUUUACUAGGUUUUGGGAAAAUCACAGACAGUAUAUAAUUGAUGUAAGUUAUCUGUAUCAAGUGAGAAGUAUGGACUCGAAUUAUGCUGUCUCCGGUAAAUAGAUACUAAUUAUCAGAAGGGGUUUUGUGG